AUGAGCGGGCCCCAUAAGGAAGUUGAGAGUAUUGUACAACCAAGGAUAAACGAAGAAUUGAAUAAUACUAGUAAUAAAACACCUUCCGCCCUCUUUUCUGAAGAGCAUAAGGUGUUGGCUAAGGAACGAGAGAGAUGGAUGAAAAAUACAGCAGGAUCAAGUAUGAUUGUGGGAACUCUCAUUGCUGCAGUCAUGUUUACAACAGCUUUCACAGUUCCAGGUGGUAAUGAUAGUAGAACAUGGCUCCCUGUCAUGCUAGAAACUCAAUCAAAAGCAUUUUUUAUUUUUAUGGCAUCAAAUGCACUGUUGAUAUUCACUUCUUCAACAUCAAUUCUAAUGUUCUUGGGGAUUCUCACUGCACGUUAUGCAGAAGGAGAUUUUCGCAAGUCCUUGCCCACAAAGCUAAUAUUUGGAAUCACAUGCUUGUUCGUAUCGAUAGUCACCAUGAUGGCAUCAUUUGGUACUGCUCUAUAUCUGAUGCUGAUCGAACAAGUAGCUUGGAUUUUCUACCCAAUCAUAGCUUUCUCUGUUAUUCCAAUAGCUCUUUACUCAUUGUUGCAAUUCCCUCUUCUGGUUGAGAUGAUCAGUCACACUUACGGACAUGGUAUCUUCGACAAACCUAAAAGGAAACUCGAUAGUUUUGAAACCUGA